AUGGUUAGGGAUAGGGAUCUAAAAGCUCACCAAUUGGUGUUGGCACAGUCACAAAACCAGUCAUUCAUUCAUUGCUUGUUUGAUUCAAACCUCAAAUACAACUCCAGUUUCAGCGCCGAAGACAACACCACCAGAACUAUCACUACAACUGAUCCGAUGGCCACACAGUCGUCGACCGCAGCGGUGGUGAACACGAGUCCGGGCGGCGGCACAACCACUACAGUCGUUGUCACCACAACUAUCACAACCACGAGAACCGGUGCCACCAGUCCUGAGGCCACUGACAGCACCGCCACCGCCGACGACAACACUAUCAUUGCCAACACAGCCAACGCUCCGGAGGUCACCACUGAUCCCAAGCCAAAGACAGCGGCGGAUCCAAAGGCGCCGCCGAUCGCCGGCGCAAACAAUGGCCACAAAGACAACAACAACACUGACGACAACAACAAGACAACAGAUCCGACACCCGUUGUCACCACCGAAGACACCAUUGGCUACGAGUACGAAGUGGACGAACGGGUGCUCUGUUUUCACGGGCCGCUCAUCUAUGAGGCCAAGUGUCUGAAGCGUCGGCCGGAACCGAAGCGCCAGUACUUCGUCCACUAUAACGGGUGGAACAAGAAUUGGGACGAAUGGGUGGACACGAGUCGGCUCCUGAAGUUGAAUGACGACAACCGACGCGUACAGCAGGAGCUGAAGGCCGUCCAUAAGCCGCAGCGUAACGGCGCGGCCAACGGUGCCGGCGGUGGUGGUAAUGGUGGCGCCAGUGGUUCAGCGCCAACCGCUUCCACCUCUUCGUCGUCUUCCCGCAAACGCAAGACCACCGCCACUAAUGGUACGGCUCAGGAGACGGCCACUACUGGCGGCGCCGGUAAGCGCUCUAAGUCUGGCGCCUCUAAUGGCAAAAGUGGUGCAAAUAAUGCCAAAGAUCAGUCAAACGGCGAGUCGUCGACCACUACAAGCGAGGGCUCGGCGUCGGCCUCAGCCACGCCAUCGACGUCCGCCACCGGAACCGCUUCGGGCCGUAAGAAGAGACGCCAUUCGGUGCCGGCGUUUGUCGAGACGGAAGAGGCGUUCACAUCAAAGCCCGAAAUACGGAUCAAAAUACCCGACGAACUGAAGCCGUGUUUAGUGGACGACUGGGAUCUGAUCACAAGACAGGAACAACUGUUUGAUUUGCCGGCGAAGAUCACUGUGGACUCAAUACUAGAAGACUAUACUAAACAGCGACAAAUGGCCACAAAGAUGACACCCGUGAAGGAGAGCCAAGUGAUGGAAGCGGUGGACGGCAUACGGGAGUACUUCAACGUUAUGUUGGGCUCGCAGUUGUUGUACCGCUUCGAGCGGUGCCAAUAUCAGGACCAGUUGGCCACCAAACCCGCCGACCGGCCCCUGAGCUCAGUGUACGGCGCCAUUCAUUUGCUGCGUCUGUUCACAAAGUUUGGCCACUUCUUGGCGUUUACGGCGCUCGACGAGAAGGCCGUACAGCUGUUGCUGACACACGUCCACGACUUCUUGAAGUAUUUGUCUAAUAACUGUAUACUGUUUUUCAAUACCAGCGACUAUUCGGCCGCUUCUCCCGAAUACGUCCGCAAGACUAUGGCCUGA